AAUUUGACUUGAACAACUUUGUUUUUAUUCUGUAUUGACGAUGGGGCGAAGGAAAUCUAAGAGAAAGCCGCCACCAAAAAGGAAAAAUAUUGAACCACUAGACCAACAAUUUAACUGUCCGUUCUGCAACCAUGAAAAGUCCUGUGAAGUGAAAAUGGAUAAAGGAAGAAAUACAGCGAAAAUAACUUGUCGAGUGUGUUUGGAAGACUUUCAAACUGGAAUUAACUUUUUAUCGGAGCCAAUUGAUGUGUAUAAUGAUUGGGUAGAUGCAUGCGAAACGGCCAACUAAUUUCGAUGGCUCAAAUAAAAUUGAACAAAAUGUA